CGAUAAGCUGAUUUGACUUGUAUUUCGGAAAUAUGCCCAGUUGAUAACCCAGUAAGUCCGUGAUUUCAAGAUUUAAUUUAGAACUUAACACCACAAGUCCAUUUAAGGCAUCUGUUUUUAAUAUUACUUAGUGAAAGAACCACAUAAUAUAUAUUUAUAGGUUUUUAAUGCAGAGAUAUUUCUACUAAAUCAAACUAAACACACAACGUAGAACCAGUUACUAAUACUUACCCGAUAUUAGCUCAUUACGAUUUGAACCUUAAAAGUAAUCUGGUAAGAAUUAAAAUACGUUAGGAUCAUUUGUCGGAUUCUGCUUUUACGAUAUUAUUUAUUAAACGUACAACCUACUUCAAAGAGAAACCCAAUAAACAAACUUAUAGUACUUAUCUAAACCAAAUCUUUAAUAAAUAUUCGUUUAAGUCUAGUUGUUGGAUUCUCGCACGGGCCUUUAGCAAAUUUAUUUAAAAAGUGGUCCGGGGAAGAACCCAAUAAGCCUCAACAAGUAGCGACGCGAUCGCAAGCGCAGCGCUAGUCGAGCGGAGUGGCGUCGCUGCGUCGUUGCAUAUUUUAAUUGAAAAUAGCAGUUAAAAAGUUGUGUUUUAUAUAAAUGAAGGUUGUGUAUGUGUUCAAAGUUGUGUGAUGGGUGACCGAGCCAGAAAAUUAGUGCAGCUAGCCUGCAGUAACAAGCUAGAAACAGCGGGAUCAGGUGCUUCUGUUAACAGAUUUUCUAUGACUGGACCUAGUGUUUCAACGGCAAAUGAAAACAUAAGCUGUUAUCAGCGAAACAAUGAAGAUGUUUCAGAUGAUGACUCCUCCGAUCUUGAUGAAACGCAAAUAGAUAUCGCCGCCCAAAUGCACAAUAUUGUCAUCGAUGAUGAUAGUACGGCAGACUCGAAUGAUGAGACUGCUUUAUUUGGCAGUGACUAUUCCGAUGAAGAUCCUACUUACGUGCCAGAUUCUAAGGACUAUUCACCACAGCAAAUAGAUACCGACUUUGAUUUUAUUCCUGAAAGUCCGAAUGUUUCAUACACAGAGGAAGACUUUUUUAUGGUGCUAAUUGAUGAAGUUUUAGAUCGAGUUUGGAUUUCUGUAGAAGGACUUGACCAUUUAGUAGGAGCUCCUUAUGUUCUAGAUACAGAUUCGGAGAACGAAACACCUCAGCAAAAUGAUUACGACCAUGAUAUUAUUAUUCCUGAAAGUCCCAGCCCAUGCAAACAGCAGGAACAUUCCUUGCCUGGAGAAGCUGAUGAAUGUAUAGAAAAAGCUCCUUCUCAUGUUUCAGAUUCAGAGGACGAACCACCAAAAAUAUUAAAACCAACUGACUCUAGUUGCAAUAACAGCAUAAUCCCUGAAAGUUCGGAUGUUCGUUCUGAAGUAGAAGAUACUGUUUACUUAGUUUUAGAGAAUAUUUUAGACAGAGUUUGGAGUCGUGUUAAGCCUCUGAAACGACGUAAGCAAGCUAAGCCAUCUGAAUGGAAAGUCAAUAUCGCCAAAAAGCGAAAGAUGGAAGGACUACCUUAUGUGACCCAAGGCAUUAAGCGUCCUGCUAAAGUUCCAAAGCCUAUUGAAUGUGAUAAAUGCCAAUUCAAAUGUACUGAACAGUUUUCCGACGAAGAACGUUGCAGUUUGUGCCGUAAUUUCUACAGUAUGGAUUUCCGAGCAAGAAAGAACUUUAUUCUUUCUUGUUUAACAAUUCAGCCUGUUAAAACACGAAAAUUACAGAAGACAUCUAAUAAAAAGGAGCGUUCAUUUAGUAAAAAAUGUUUCUUCCAGAAAGACAAUGACAAAAUCCAAGUUUGCCAAAAAUUUUUCAUGGCUACAUUGUGCAUUAGUGUAGAUGUCAUAACCGAUGCUGUGAACAAAAAGGAUUCAUUGGGAUUGUAUGCCGGGGAUGAUCAACGUGGCAAGAAAAGCCCACCAAAUAAAACUAAAAGGGAAGAUGUCCAACAGGUCAAGAAUCACAUAGAGAGCUUUCCUGUAAUGGAUAGUCAUUACUGCCGUAAAGAUACUAAGAAAAAAUAUCUUUACCCGGACGCGAAAUCAGUUGUGAACAUGCACGGAUUGUAUGUAGAUUUUUGUAAAGAGAAUAAUGAAAAUCCAGUUUCAGAGUCAAAAUACCGGCAUAUUUUUAACGAGGAGUACAAUUACAGCUUUUACAGUCCCAAAAAAGACCUAUGUAACGUUUGUUCAAGGUACAAAAAAGCACAGUCGAAAGAAAAGCUAGAAGAAGAAUACCAAGAGCAUAUACAACGAAAAACGGUCUGUCAAAACGCGAAAGACACUGACAAAGCUCGUGCUAAUGUAGACGAAACGUUCAUGUCAAUAACUAUGGAUUUACAGGCAGUUUUGCAAAUACCUUAUGGCGGAGAAAGUCUACUGUACUACAUGAGAAAAUUAGUUCUAUUCAAUUUUACCAUUUAUGAAGCUAGUCUUCCAAAUAAUGCUUAUUGUCUUUGCUGGAGUGAAAUAAAUGGUAAUAAAGGCAGUUGUGAAAUCGGAUCAUGCCUUUACUACUACUUGUCUCAAUUGCCUGAAACCGUGACAGAAUUAAGCAUUUUUUCGGAUACGUGCAGCGGUCAGAACCGAAACCAAUACAUUUCUGCUCUCUUAAUCUGGGCAGUACAAAAGAUAGACCACCUACAAAUAAUUGAGCAAAAGUUUCUUGAAAGUGGCCAUAGCCACAUGGAAGUAGAUUCGAUGCAUGCAGCUAUUGAACAUGCCUCGAAAAACUUAUCAAUUAAUAGCGUUUCUGAUUGGAAAAAUGUCUUUAAAUUUUCUAGAACUAAAAAAACAAAGUACGUUACCAAUGACGAAGGAAAGAAAAAAAUUGAAAUUGAUAGCUAUAAAGUGAAAGAGUUUAAAUUUAACGAAAUGUUGGACUUGAAAAAGCUCAGUGCUGCUAUAAUGAAUAAUAAAAACAAAGAUACCACGAAUGAGGCUGUAAACUGGCUGAAAAUUAAAAGGAUUCGGUAUGUAAAAGGUGAUUUUAAAAUUUACUUUAAUUACGACAUGUCUGAGGAUUUUCGUCAGUUAGAUAUUUCAUAUAAAAAACCAAAUACACCGAGAACAAGAGCUAAGAGACAGUCUAACCCACCAUCCGUUGCAAUGCCAUGGCCAGAAGAGUUAGAGGAAAGAUACAGCAGCCAGUUACCUAUAAGCAUUGCUAAGAAAAAAGAUUUAGAAACCAUGUGCCGGAAACAAAUUAUACCUGAGGAGUACCAUGGAUGGAUAAGAAGCUUAAAAACAUUUGUCGGCAACGCACCAAAUCAUUCAGAUGAAGAAUAACACCAUUCUGACUGGUAGAUUAACUUCUUUUGUUUUAGUUUUUUAUGAGUAAUAAACCCUCUUAGUAACAAUAACGGCUUUUUUAUUUUUUCGUAAACCCAAUAAGUCGACACCUUUUGGUAAAAAACAUUUUCCUACAGGAAAACUACUUGAGUUACGUAACUAAAACACAAAUUUAUUUAAAGUGGAUUAAAUUACCAUACAGAUAGAAGUUAUACAACUGGUUAUUUAUUUGUCGAAAGUAGUG